CUCAAAUUAGGAUGGAGGCACUGCUUCGGAUGGAUGUUAAAAGUUACAAUUCGGCUGUCUUGAUAUUGCGUCGGCUGUCUGGAUUCGUACGUCUUCUUGAACUUCGGUUGUAACUACUGGUCUUCUUGAUUUCGGUUGUGCCUAGUGGUCGCCCAUGACGCGGUGGCAUCAGUUCUAUCUCUUGUUUUCAUAAUCGUCAGUGAGCAUUUCUCUGUCAUAAUCGACCUUUCGAGAUUGAUGUCGUUCUCGGUUGUAUGAUUCUUGCCUUGAUGGCCCCUUCGUAUUGAGUGAUGUUGACACGAGUAGACGAGUUAGAGAGAUGCCAUGCUUUCGCCCUCUGCCUUGCUUUUCCUAACGAUAGGCGUUUACCUAAUUAACUUAUUUAUUGUGCUUUGGUUACUUGUUUACUUGUUUGUUAACGUCAACGUCAAAUUGCUUUCAUCCCUAAACCUGCCUGCUUGCUUGCCUACCCAAAUACCUCUCACAGGGCAUGGAUGUUCUGUCUUAUGGCAAAUGUUAUGGGUUUUCCUUAAAUGACUGCGAAUGUUCUACAGCUGUGGUAAUAGUGAGCCGGCACCCCUGCUGUAUUACCACUUUUCUUUCUGUAGAUCAUUGCGAGCACCUUCUUCUUGUCUCCUCUCAAAGAAGGACCUCAGGGGCAGAAGCAGUCCCUAAUAUGCGCAUAUUAGUAUUAUACAUAUUUUUUAUCUAGUUUAAGUAUAUAUAGCACUUUCUUUACUCCAGUCAACACUUGUAGGACAACCCACUAACAACCACCAUAGGGAAUGAAGUCCAAAAAUGACCUCGUGCCCCGUCUCCAGCUGUCUACACGACAGCUACCACUGAAGACUAUUAACUUGGCUCUUGUGUUAUAUUUUUUUGUCCAAAGAAACUGAAGGAUCUUGGUCUUCUUCGGUCGUUCAAAACAUUAUUUAUUGUGCUUUGGAUUGCCUCGCCGGCCACCGCGGUGGCCAGCUGUUUUUUCUUUAGGUUGGAUGCACCCUCGAGGAGAGCUAGUAGUGGUGAAUCGGUACCCAUGGUCUCUACUAGCACAGGGGUCUCCUUGACGUGCGAGCGUCUGCCCCUGUUUACACUCCCCGCAUGGAGUUGUAGGGGUGGGACGCCAUGGGCUGUAGCAUCAAUUUUCUUAGCAUUAUUCAACUUAGUAAUUUAAACACUAGUUGCCUCUUCUUGCGCCUUCGUGCGUCCUCGGCUUCUGCUACACCACGCGCGUCAGCGAUGAGUGAAGCUACGUGGAUGCUUGCCUGUUCAUUCAACGUGCUCAACAAGGUAAGAUCAUGGGUUUUUGGCACAACUUUCUCUACGGACAAUCAUACUGCUUCGAGGUGAGGGCGCUGCCAGUGUUUUUGCUUAUGUAACACGUAAGUGCUUCGUUCUAGCACGUAGCUGCCUCGCAUAUUCCAUGGCCCGCCACUCUUUACGCAGUUCGUAGCACGCUGGCAGGCCGUACGCAUUUCAUGCAACUCGUAGCAUUUGCGAGACCCUUCGGCCCUGCUCCAGCGUGUGUACACGCCGGCCGGGGGCACGUGGGCGGUAUAGAUCGACAGGAUAGCUUAACAGGAUAGAGUGGCAAUAUAAAUGAAUAUCUUAGAUUAAUACUUUUUUCAUUUUUGUAAUGUUUUAGCACUACCACAAUUGACUUAAUGAUAUUCUUUUGUAAUGCUUCAGCACUCUCGACUUAUAGUAAUUUUUUGACACUGACUUCGUUCGGAUGAUGAUUUCGACCAAUUUGUUCGACGGCAUGGCCAUGGGGAAACUCCUUCGAGUUCGUUAUUGUUUGAGUCAAUGAAAUGUGUGAUGUUCUUUGAUUUCUCCGAAAAACUUUUCGCAUUUGUAGAAAAUAGUAGGAAUACCGAAGAAGUCGCUUAUCGUUAUCGUAAUCUCACGCCAAGGCGGAAAAACAUAAGCAAAAUGGGGGCUGCCGGCGGGCUCCUCUCUCCGAAGAAGCCGUGCAAUGACACUGACAUGGCCGAAUUCGUUUAUGGCGCCCUUUUCGACGAAAAUCUGGCGAAUAACCCGUUUGAUGCGUGGUUUCACAAGGGUCCUCUCAGAUCCGAACUUUUGUUCCCCGAGAAACAGAGUCAAAACACAAUCGCUGAGUUUCUCGGACUGCACCAGCAGGGUGCUUUAUGACAGUAUCGAAGAUAGGCAGUGCCUCUAUGUGAAUAUUCGAGAGGUAUUCGGCUAGGGUCACGAUACGUGGCACUUGUUAGGAAGUGUGUGACUUCUUUGUGGAUUCCUUUUGACAGCUUCAUAAUCGUCUCUCAAGAAUAAAAACCGCGAGUGACGCCGAUAUCGUGCAAUCAUUUGUAUAUAUUUUUAUUUUCCUGUGCUGUAUAUAAUUUGAUUAAGUUGCAUUGUAGCAGUAGCAUUGAAUUCAGUAAUAAUUAAAGUACAUGUGCAGCUUGUGUGUUGUAUUUUUUUUUCAAUGUGAUAUUACGACUGGACAGCUAAAGAAAUCUAGCCGCCUCCACCUCUAAUUGCCGAUACAUUGCAGUGCUCGCUUCCGAUACAGCUAAGCUUCAAAGCUAAUUACAACGUAGGAUUGAAAUAUAAGCAGGGAUAUAGUAAGAGCCAGUUCGGCGACGACUCCAAUUCUUCACCUUCUUCGCUGGAGUACCCCCAUCCUACUCGUUUUGAAUUUUUCCUGAAUGUCAAGUUCUCUGAUCGUAAGGGUAAGCAACCGGAGUACAUUAUUUCUCCUGUAACUGGAACUUUAGAGUGCGCAGACGGUAAUGACAAAGGCAAGUUGAUCUUGGAAGCGACGUACCGUGUUCGUAAAACGGAGACCGAGACGACUAGGACUACAUCUAGAAAAAUUUUUGCGCCACCUCGAGGUAUAGAGUUUCUUGUUAGAUACACCGAUUUUAGCUAGAAGCCGAAAUAUAAACAUCUUUUAUAUAAUUAUAAUGUUGCCCGUGGUUUUUAAGCGAUUGCAGUGUCCUGAAAUAUCACGCAAGCAAACUGAUGGUGAUGACUUCUCAGAAUUAUAUCUUUCAUUCCUUGAUUUCCUUUUCUCGCUCUACUCCUGCCUCGAAUACAGGUGUAGACAGUGGCGCUUGUCCCACGAGCGCAUAUCCCACUACCAAUUCGGACAGAGAGGGUGCCGCCGAUGGCGCUGCAGCAGGUUCAGGCUCUAUGUCUACCAAGCGCGCCACGUCUUUCGCGCAGGAAGUUGUAACCGCGUACGGCGCUGGCAGUCGCACGCUGAGUGACGCCGUCUCUAUCUUCGCGUUCUCUAUGGGCGUGCUGCUGUUCAUUUUCUUUGGUCGUUGUUUGCGCAGCUUGUACCGUGCUCAGCAAGGAAAUUAAGAAAGGCUGUUGACUUUGACAUUAACACUUGAAAACGUAUGUGCUGUCGUUGUGUUAGGUAGUACUCCACAGUCGACGAGGACGCUUCUGCGUGCAUUGAUUUGUACUAAGUAAAUUAUUUUUAGGCAUGAAAUGUAAAUCAGCUAACGACCUCUAACAAACUCGACCGCUACGAGGUGAAGCACUUGCGGUAGCAGAGGACUUGGAGAAGUAUGGCUCGGUGGCGUCAUCUCCUUAAGGAGCUUUGGUUUCUUUGAAUUGAUGGGGAGGUGCCGGCAGGAUCUCAGACGGUAGAGCCGGUUUGGUACAAAAGGGAGGUGGGAAGACGGCAGUCGGCUGGAAGUGUUACAUUCGACGACGAAGUUAAAGCUUGUUGUAUGUUUGUUUUUCACUACCUAGCAUAGACGUAGACUGCACAUCCACAUCAAAACUACAUGUUUAACUGAAAUAGCAACCACGAGCACGAUUUCGAAUCAUAUCUACUAGAAGUAUUAACAAAGUAUACUUCAACUUGUCACCACAAAAGAACGCAUCGCAUUCACAGGACGUAGAAGCUCCAUUGAUCGCACAUCUCUCUCAUACUCAUAUACGCAUACACUAAGAUUUAUAUAUGAUAUCACCAUGACUGUUACUAGCGCAUUGGAUUUGAAAUCGCUCAGAAUUUCGCAUCCGAACGAGAACGAGUUCCAUUUGCAAUAUGUUUCAAAAAAAAAUGAAUGUCAACAUCCAUUUACAUGAAAUCAUCAAUUCACCUUCAUUGUAUUUAACAUACUCAAAUUGGAUCGCGACUCAUUUUCGGGGAACUUGGCACAAGAUGUCAAGAAGUUCAAUCUAUUAAAUAUGUUGCGCCAAUAGAUAGCUAUUUAUGCAUCUAAAUCGCAUGUAAUCUUAUACGAUAGCGAUAUCAAAACAAAAUCUAUGAAUGUCUGAUUGUUCCUGCUGUACUUACUUAAUCUGUUCAUAUGUCUUCAUGGAAUCAUUGAUCAUGGUCGUCCCUAGUCAGCUACGCCUACGAGGCAGAGUAGCUAUCUGCAUACAACUAAAUUGUCUUCAAGUACGAAACGAAAACAGCUCGUCUAAGACGAGUCUGUCGCUCAAUCUUUGAGCUUGUAUUUGAUUUUAGAACGCAACAAGUGGGGAAACUCGAAAUGCAAACAAAUUAAAACGCAUUGAUUGCUGUAUAUAGGACUGGGUGCAAACAAAUCAAAGCCAUUACAACAUGUUGAAA